AUGGCGCCAUUGUCGUCAGUCUCCGAUUCUCUCGCCGGCGCCGCCGCGGCCCUCCACCCCACGCGGACCCUCGCACAGCCCCUCCGAGACCUCCUCGCCCGCCAGGUCGUCACCACCGUUACUGCAACCCCCGAGACGACGGAGGAUGGUGCGUCCGACAACGAGCUCAGCGGCGGCGCCAUCGCCGGCAUCGUCCUCGGCUCAAUUGCCGGCUUUUUCCUGCUCCUGUGGAUCGUCAAGUCUUGCGGUAUGUGGAGCCGCCCCGACGACUGGGCCGAGAAGGACAUCUAUGACGACCGCCGGCACCGCGGCCGAUCGCCCGCCGCCCGCCACCGGAGACGCCACCAGCACCGGUACCACCACGAGACGUCACGCUCGCGGCACCACCACCCCUCUGCGUACGAGAUCAACGAGGUCCGCUACUCGCAGCCCGUCGUCUACGACAAGAGGAGGAUAAGCUCGUCCCCCGUGCCGCCUUCCAACGUCUACCGGAGCAGCCGGAGCAGGACGAGAUACUAG